CCUUUUCUAUUCCUGGAAAUCACAAAAAGUCUGGUGGCUUCGAGAUCUUCUUCGCCUUUUCUUUCUUUUCUUUUUUCCCCCUCCUCCCUUUCCCUCUCCUUUCCUGGCGAGGGUGACUAGGAGCCGGCGAAUCCGCGUUUUUUUUCUCUCUCUCUCUCCCUCCCUUUCCCCCUCCCCACCCCCUCCCCAACAGCCCCCAACUACAGCCGCCGCCGCCGCCGCCGCCUCAAAAUUCAAUAAAAUGAGCUCUUAUUUCGUCAACUCACUGUUCUCCAAAUACAAAACCGGGGAGUCCCUGCGCCCCAAUUAUUAUGACUGCGGCUUCGCCCAGGACCUGGGCGGCCGACCCACCGUGGUGUACGGUCCCAGCAGCGGCGGCAGCUUCCAGCACCCGUCGCAAAUCCAGGAGUUCUACCACGGGCCGUCGUCGCUGUCCACGGCUCCCUACCAGCAGAACCCGUGCGCCGUGGCGUGCCACGGGGACCCGGGCAACUUCUACGGCUACGACCCGCUGCAGCGGCAGAGCCUGUUCGGUGCGCAGGAUCCAGACCUGGUGCAGUACGCCGACUGCAAGCUCGCCGCCGCCAGCGGCCUGGGCGAGGAGGCCGAGGGGUCCGAGCAGAGCCCGUCGCCCACACAGCUCUUCCCCUGGAUGCGCCCGCAAGCAGCCGCCGGACGCAGGCGAGGCCGACAGACCUACAGCCGCUACCAGACCCUGGAGCUGGAGAAGGAGUUCCUAUUUAAUCCCUAUCUGACUCGCAAGCGGCGGAUUGAGGUAUCGCAUGCGCUGGGACUGACAGAGAGACAGGUCAAAAUCUGGUUCCAGAACCGGAGGAUGAAGUGGAAAAAAGAGAACAACAAAGACAAGUUCCCCAGCAGCAAAUGCGAGCAGGAGGAGCUGGAGAAACAGAAGCUGGAGCGGGCCCCGGAGGCGGCGGACGAGGGCGAGGCGCAGAAAGGCGACAAGAAGUAGGCUGCAGCUGGGAC